UUGUGAACGAGGGAAAGUUGAACAACCACCAGCAACUAUAUUAUUGUUUUUUUUACUUUUUGUUUUCUUACAAUAAACAAUGUUGUAGUUUCUGACAAAAUGAUUCAGUCAACAAGUUUAUUGGAAAGCUGGACUCUGGAAAAUAACCAACUAGCUUCUAGCUGUAAGCAGCAGGAUGGACAAGACGCACCGAACCGAGAGCACAACCUGUUCAGGCAGAGACGAUGGUCUUCUGACUUCCACAAACUUCUCAGAAAAAUACAAGGCAUUCCUCCUCAUUUGGAUCGUGCACAGCUGGAGCUUUCUGUCGUUUAUAACACUUGUGUGUGCUUUACUGCUCAGUCUCAGUUUGAUGAGGCUGAGCUGCUCCUCACACAGAGCGCCCAGAGAUUGCUUCUGAUAGCAGGAGAUGAUCCUGGUACUUCUGAUCCUUCUGUGCUUUGGAGAGCAGCUGUUAAAUCAGUGACUGGGACAGCUUUGCAUCGUUAUGUCCUGAGCCUCCUCUGUUUGCAAAGGGGAGUAUGGCUGGCCAAGAGCUGCCUGAACGCCGUGCAAGACUUUCAAGAGGAGAUGUCUACUUUGGAGGCACAAAGUGGAGCAGUUUGGAUUGAAACAAAGGAAAAUGUCCUGAAUAUUCCCAUACUAGUUGUAGACCCAAGAAGGCUUGCUGAUCUGUUGAAAAUCUGCACUGCAAUUGUCCAAGGUGCAGAAAGGCUGACCGAAGGUUGGAGUGUGCUUUCUGCUCUGCAGGCUGAUUCUGCCUCGCCUGCUCCCAGAGCUCUCGUCGCUUACACACACCUCCUCUCAGGUUCCUGCCUCGCCCUUAUGAACCGCCCUCAAAUGGCACUGCAGUGUUACCGAAAGGCUCUAGAGACAGACCCCGGCUGUGUUUCUGCUCUCUAUCAGAGCGCGCUCAUCUACAGGCAGUUGGAAAACUUGCAGGCGGAGAUACAGGCUCUUCGCAUACUACACUCGAUAUUGCUGUUACCCUCAAGUACAGAACCUGCCAUGGCUGCAGGCCAUCUCCUCUCACCGUCCUUAUUUCUCUGCAGCCAAUCACUGAGCAGCCUGCUCUCUGUCCCGUCUGCCCUCAGUGUCCUUCACAGUCUGGCUCUCAAAUGCGUGAUCCACGGCAGGGUAUCAGAAGGCGUGGAGUGUUAUCUGGACCUGCUUGCUGCUCUUCAGUCAGAAGAUCAGCAUGGAGUUCAUGCUGCAGGCUCCACCCUCCCCAAGUUACCUAGACUCUACCUUGAGGCUGGAGCUGCCUUACUGAUGGCCCAGCGGCCUGCAGACUGUCUGGCGCUUUGUGAUGAAGUCAUAGAGGCGACUCUGGAUCUGAUUCCAGAAAAAGUGUUGUUGGAGGAUCCAGGGGAUGGGAAAGUGGACAGGAGCAGGGAGAUGACAGAGGAGACAGAAAAUGGGUUGGUAAGGCUGCUCUGGACAGCAGCAGCUUACCUCCUUCAGGGUCACUGCUACUCUCAGCUGAAGGACUGGAAGCAAGCAGUAACCCACUACACAAGGUGUAUCAACCUGUUGGUGAAGGUGCACUAUAAAGACACAGGUUCCUCACUGCAAAUGCCCUGCACUGAUGAAGAUGCUAAGCAAGGUGUAGACUUGUGUGUCCUCCAAAGACUAAAGGGACUUUCCUUAGCUGGUAGGGGGAUCAGCUUCGCACAGAUAGACCGACUGAGAGAGGCUCUCAGAGACCUUCAUCUCAGCCGGCAGGCCCACCCAGAGGGUGUGAAUGCCAGGCGGUGGUGUGGUGAGGUCCUGUGGAGGCUGGACAGGAAGCAGGAGGCGGCUGCUUGUUGGGAACAGACCCAGAGCUGUCCCAUUCCAUCCUUAUCAGAGGCUCUUCCUGUGUAUGCACAAGAACUUCAGUCUGGACCAUUGCUGGAUUUGGCAGAGCUGCACCAAAAACUACAAGAACCUGGUCCUGCCUAGCCGGUUUAGAGAAUGAAAAAACUAAGUUGAAGGGGAAAUGGGUCCAGGAGUUGUGCAUCAGGAAGACACUGAAACCUAACCUGGAGGAAGCAACGCAACUUUUUCCUGUUGAGCCUCAGAUUUAGAAGUGAAUCUUCACCCCAGUCACUUCAUAGGUGGCUUCAAACCAUUCCCGUGUGCCUGGAGGAUUGUGGUUUCAAAAUUCCAACAACCAUUUUAUUUGCAAAAAAACAAAACAUAGCCUGAUUUUCCAAAAACCAGACACUCUACAGGUGUAUGGAGGGAACAUCACAAACAGGAGCUAUGGACACUGGCAAAAAGUUUGACAUUGUUCUGCAUUUUGUUGAUUCACAAAACUCAUAAGGAUCAAUUGUGGCAUAAUGUUCUGUGUUGCUAUAUCCUUCAAUAUGUGACUGUUAUUCCUGGUUUGAUGUACACUAACCACUGAAAUGUCUAAAAAUUGUAAAAUUAUACAAAUCAUGGAUAAGGACAGUGAAAUUGGAAUAAGUUCAGAUGAGCUGUUGAACUACAUCUCCACCUUCAAAGUUGGGACUGGAAAUGACAUGUUGUCAAUCACUGUACUUAAGCACUAUGUCAACUGUAUAAUUUUGAUUUCAAAAAGCCUUGUUUUUUGUUUUCUUUCUUUCAACGUAUGUUUUCUGCCUUAGGGAAAAAAUUGGUAUGACUAUCUGCUCUGUAGAAGUACAGUAAAUUACAUUGUUUUA